AUGCUGUAUAAUAGAAGCUACAGUGCACCGCCAGUUGAAAAAUUUAUUUUGGACGAUGAUAUUGAGCUGGAUGAAAUACAAAAUGCAUUGGAAUACAAAAAUUACUAUAAGAGAAAUAAGAAUCCACGGCUUGACCCACCAAAGUUUCUUUUUUCCGGACAAUCAUCUAUCUGGGCUUCAGAGCACAGUGACUUGAUUAUUAAGACAUUCAAAGAAAAGAAAACAGCAGUAGAAAUGAUAGACUUAGAGUUUCCAGAAUCUGAAUCUUGCUCUGAGUUUUACGGCACAAGUAGAACGACAUCUCCAGUUGGCGACACUUCGUUUGUUCUUCUCAACUUAGUCCAAAGGAGUGACUCCUCAAUAAUGAUACCAAUAGCAUGUUCCUCCCAAAAAACCGAGAAAGCCCGCACACUAGAUGAUAUUAAAGAUUUCUACUUAAAAUGCGGGCUUGGGUCUUCAACCGAUUUGUCCGACAUCUGCAUUACAGUUUGCAAGGACCAGGAAGGAUCCAGAUACAUCCAGGGCUUAAUGGAUACAUGGAAUGCCGAUCAAAUAAGUUUAUUUUUCGAUCGGAUUGUUGAUUCUUCAUUUGAGCUUAGCAUGAACCUUUUUGGCAACUACGUUAUUCAGAAGAUCAUUCCACUGCUGAAUGAGAGUCAAAUAUUCAGUCUAAUUCUACAGUUUUUCGGCCAUAUCUAUGAGCUGUCCCUGCAUGUCUACGGCUGUAGAGUAGUACAAAAGCUGAUUGAUAAUUUGAGAGAUGUUAAGUCAGUCGUGGCAGAGCUGGAGUCCCAUAUUCCCGAGUUAAUUGAGAGUCCGAAUGGAAAUCAUGUCAUUCAAAGAUGCAUAGACAAAGAUAUAGACAAAAGAUUUUUACUAAAAGAGUUUGAAAAAAACGGUGUUGGCCUUGCACAGCAGCGCUAUGGUUGCAGAGUCCUCCAAAGACUGUUUGAGGUAUGUAGUGAAGAGGAAACCUGGAGCAUUUAUCUGCAGAUUAUUAAAAACAUAGAUAUUCUGAUCAAUGACAAGUAUGGGAACUAUGUAAUACAACACUUUAUCGAGUCUUCGAAUAAACAUAAGGAUCAGAUUUUUAGCUUUAUUAUUAAAAAUUCAUUUGAUCUGAGCAAGGACAAGUUUUCAUCAAACGCCGUUGAGAAGUGUGUGAAUAACUGUUCCAAGGAGCAGCUGGAAAGCUUGUUCAAGGAGUUUUCAAAAGUUCAUGAGAAUUCCAGGCCCUGUCUUUAUUAUAUGUGCAUUGAUAUGUAUGCAAAUUAUGUGGUCCAAAGGUUUUUUGAUGUGGCGGAUGAGGAGUUGAGAACGAAGGCCAAGGCAUUGGUAAAGCCUUAUAUCAAAGACAUGAAGUGUAUCCCAUUUACCAAACAUAUUUUAUCAAGACUAGCAUAA